UCUCUAACGCAGGGGGUUUCCAUAAGCCCCAAUGUUGAUUAGACUUCCCACUCUGGAUUUUCAGACACUGGAAGGCCCACUCCUCCAGGAAAAUUACAGGGAGUUGCAAAAGAGGAAAAGAAAAGAGAAAUAAAAAGGUGAAAUAUGAAAGUCUACAUUUGCUCCAUGGUUGUUACCCUCUCUUUGGCGUUAAGCAGGGCUCCUGAGCGAAUGGUAAGUGUGCCUCUUCAUUUUCUUCCCACAACAUUAUCAUAAACCUGCUUGUUUAGAAGUAGGCCCCACCAAUAUUUAAAGAACAUACUCCUUAGUAAAUGUGCUGUAAAUGUCCCGAAACCGAAACGUGUUUUGGCACUGGUGUACACUGCAUUUAAAAUGUGCAACAAAGAACCUUAAGCAGGCUGCCCUGAAACUGGAGGCCAGAGCAUAGACUCAAGGAGGACUUUCAUAGAAUUGUAGAGUUGGGAGGUACCUGAGGGUCAUCUAGUCCAACCCCCUGCAGUGCAGGAAUGUCAUCUAAAUUAUCCUUUGCACACCUUCCAGUUUGUCACUAUCCUUCUUAAAUUGUGGUGCCCAGAACUGGACACAUUAAUCCAGGGGGGGCCUGACCAAGGCAGAAGAGAGCAGGACUAUGACUUCCCUUGAUGCUAUUCUUCAUGCAACCUAGAAUAAUAUUAGCUAUUUUUUGCCACUGUAUCCCCCUGUCGACUCAUGUUAAGAUUGUGGCCUACGAAGACCCUUAUCACUUGUACUACUGGCAAGCAAGGUGCCCCUCAUCUUAUAUCUGUGCAGCUGUUUGUUUGUGCCUAAGUGUAUAACAUUUGCCCCUAUUGAAAUUCAUUUUGUUAGUUUGGGCUCAGUUCCCCAAUCUGUAAAUGUCAUCUUGAAUCCUCGUUCUGUCUUCUCUGGCAUUUGCCAUCCCUUCUUGUUUGGUGUCAUGUGCAAAUUAUAGGAUUAUCCCCUCAAAUCCUUCAUCCACGUCUUUAUAUGGAUGUUGAACAGGGCUCCCAACUGCAAGGCAUCCCCAAAUGUAUUAUUAAUAAGCCUAUUGCAAGGUUUAUGUCUGUGAGAAAAAGGCAGAAACUAAAAGCUGCCAUAGGUUGCUGCCUCGGUGCCUCAGGUGAUUGAGUUGUUUUUAAAAGGCAAUCCCUGGCUGCUCUUCUGCCAAUAGGGACUUUGUAUUGAGAAAAUCCUCUAUAAAAGCAAACUUAUUCUUCAUUGUUUUAUUUGUAGGGAGGAAGGAACAGUUCUGGUACUGAGCCAGGAGUAUCCAAACAUGAAGUUCAUCACUCCAGAGGUACCUAAGAUGCUUUAAUGUGCCUCCCCAACAAACUAAGCCUUCCUUCCUUCCUUCCUUCCUUCCUUCCUUCCUUCCUUCCUUCCUUCCUUCCUUCCUUUCUAGCUUGCUUUCACAGCAUGUAAAAUUGCUCACUGGACGGCAUCCAAGAUGGAUUCGAAGAUGUGAUUCCAAAGGUUAUUUCCAUGAUCCAGCUGAAUUGAUAUGGCAAACUGGUUGCACCUGAGGCUGGAUUCUCAGAGAGAGCCAUCCUGCUUAGUUCUCACAAUAUGAGAAGGGGGUCAGCAACCUUCCCUUCCUCGCCACAAGGUGGCACCCCAAGACCUCGCAGGGCUGGGAGGUGACGUCCACACUCUUCUCCUCUGCAGCACCUCUGGCUGGGCUGAGGAGGUCUUCAAUUCACUUGAAGGGCUUGCAUCCCUCAGUUCUGCUCCCAGCUCUGGUUCGCCCACAUUAUUCAUGGCUAUGGAAAUGGAUAGUCUCUCUGCUACUAGGAACCUCAUGGUGGUGGGCGACAUAUGCCCAAUAUACUGCAGUCCCUCCAAUAUAAUGAACUUCCUGCUGUAAUUUACUCACUGGAAAAAUAUUAGGGUUCAUAAUUUAUGCUCUUGGAGGUCGGAGGCAGCAUACUUCCGAACACGCAUUGCUGGGAACCAAGCCUGUGCAGAGGGGAGGGGGCACCUAGAGGGCUAAGCUGGGGGUGGGAGGUGGAGUGCCAGGGCCCGGCUGCUUUUUUGUUUGAGUUUAUACUUUAUUCUAACAAGACUCCUUCCCAGGGGCGUAGGAAGGGGAGUGCGGGGGUGCGGUCUGCCCCGGAUGUCAUCCUUGAGGGGGGUGACAGAAUGGCACACUGCAGGGGUCGGCACUUACCGCGGGGCCUGGCCUCCAGCGUGCUCAAGCCACACAUCUCUCUUGGGAGUGACCCAAUGGCUCGGGGUCCUGCACUGCCCAAAACGGCAGCGUGGGGCUUGCGUCCGACAGGCAGACUCCGUGGGCAGCUCACCGAGCCACCCCCCCCCCAUGGCGGAUCGCCACACCGUCCCCCAGACGGAUCGCCAUGCUGACCCUGUGCGGCGCCCACAUGCGCGGAUUGCCGCAGUGCCCCUGUGGGCAGCUCGCCCUGCCCCUCUGGGUGCCAGAGCAGCUAGCUAUGCCCCUGCUCCUUCCCCGGGCCUCAGACAAGCUCCACAUGGGCCUGCUGGGAACAGCAGAAGGGGAGAAGGUCCUGUUUGCAGGUUUCCCACAGGCAGCUGGUUGGUCAUGGUGAUGGACCAGAUGGGUCGGAGCCAGGAACAUCUUCAUAUGCACUCCAGCAAUGUUUCUUUUAUAGCAUGCAGGCAGAAAGAAAGAAAGAAAGAAAGAAAGAAAGAAAGAAAGAAAGAAAGAAAGAAUAAGGCUUAAUGUGCUCUUUUGCAUUUUUUUAAAACUGCAGAAAAAUGCUUUGAUGAAACUCUGCAUGAAUAUUUUGCAACUGGAGAAAGCUGGCCAAGAAUCUACCAAGGGAUAGUGCAGAAAUGCACAUGCGUUAACAACCUAAUUAACUGCCAAUAUGCACAGCACACAGGUAUUUCUAUACAGCUUCUAUACUGCAUGCUUUAUUUUAGUAUGUUUGCUAAUCCGUUUAUAUGUAGUCCAGUGAAAUGAUAAAAAAAAUAAAAUGAUUGAGACACAGAAGUUGAAUUGCAUUAAAUAAUGCAAAGAGUAGUGAAGAAGUCAUACUCUCAGCCUUAAAUCACUUACAGCAAUUAAAAGGUAUGCAUCUUAAAAUGUAAUCUGUGAAGUGGCUGCACAGAUCAUGGGCACCACUUCUGAAUAGUUGAUAGUCCUGCCUUCACAAAUGAAUUUCUCAAGGCACAAUCAUUUUUUGCACCCCCUGCCUCUGCCCUGCUCCAUACACGGGAAUCCCAUGGUGCUGCCUCCAUUAGCAGCCUCCCUAUGUUUGAAGAGCUGCCCACUUGGGAAGGUGGCAUCCACCCAAUGGGCAGGAGGAGGUGCUGGGUGGGGCCCUUUGCUUCUUUGCCCUCUCCUGGGUUUAUAUUUCCUCACCCGGCUCCCCAACCAAGCCACAGUCACUUUAAAAAGGCUGCAGGGGGAAGUGGUCCUUUCUCCCUCUUGGCAAAGUGGGGAAGGAUCAUUAGUGCUAUGGAGAGGGGGAAGAAGGAGGAGAGGCUUUAAAGCCGUUCUGAACUGCAGCACCAGCUUCCUUGCCUGCAAGAAGGGAUCGACAACCAGAAAUGCUGUGCACUUUCUCCUCUCUUUUCAAAAAAAUUAGGAAAUAGCAUGUCCUGCUGAUUGCCUCUGUGAAGUGGCUGUUUCAGUCACUUUAGGACAGACACUCUGCAAUGUGCGUGUGUUGGGGGGGGCAAUGGCGCUGCAGGGAAGGCGGGGGGCGGUGCGCCCUGGGUGCCAUGUCUGGAGGGGUGACAAGAAGGCACCCCGUGUGGUGCUCGCCCCACCACCCCUGGGCGUGGCGGCGUGAGUAGCCAUCGUGGCACCGCAGAUGCAUGUGGAGGAUCCUCCGUUCACAGCUGCAGCUGCAAGCAGAGGAUCUCGCCACAGUCCGUACAGUGUUUGAGCGGCGCCAGCAGCAAACCGCUACGUACAACGCAUGCACGGUGUCUCACACAUGCGCUGUACGUAGCAACGCCGCACAUGCGCUGUACAUAGCAGUUUGCCACCGGCGCCGCCCAAGCGCCCUGCGGAUGGCGGUGGGAGCCCUCCGUCGCCGUUACAGCCACAAUUGGAGGAUUGGCCCACUAACACUGCAGCCGUGAGCAGAGGAUCCCGCCACUGUCCGUACGAUGUUCAGGUGGCGCCGGCAGCAAACCGCUAUGUACAACACAUGUGCGGUGUCGCACGCAUGCAUUGUACGUAGCGACGCCGCACAUGCGCCCUACGUAGCAACGCCAUGCAUGCAUCGUAUGUGGUGACACCACACAUGCAUCAUACGCAGUGGCGCAACGCGUGUGCAGCCAGCGGUUUUCCCCGCCCCGGGUGUUGGUUAGCCUUCAUUCACCCCUAGGGGGGAGAGGAGACUAAAUAGUGCAGCGGAAUUGUGUGUCUGAAAUAGGGGUUGUGGGUUGCUGCCGCUGCUGCUGCUGCUGCUGCCUAUAAGCAGUGUGUGCAUGUGUAUGCAUAUGCGUACAGAGCUUUGUGUGUGCCCACAUGGAGGCCACUGCUGCUUUCUGGCUGGUGGUGUGGAAAAUAGGGUGAGGGGUGGGAAAGGCCUACGUGAAUCACACUGAGCUCCUUGGGAGGAAAAGCAAGCUUAUAAACGUGAAUAUUAAAUUAAAAUGGGGUGAGCGGAGUAGGAGAGGGGAAAAAAUAUUUUGUUAAAGUCAUCCUGUGUAUACACACACACACACACAGAGAGAGAGAGAGAGAGAGAGAGAGAGAGAGAGAGUGGUACCUCGGUUUACGGACUUAAUCCGUUCUGGAAGUCUGUUCUUAAAUCAAAGCCAUUCUUAAACCAAGGCGCACUUUCCCUAAUGAGGCCUCCCGUCGCCGGUGCCCUUCCAUCAUUCAGCUUCUGUUUGUAGACCAAGGUAAAGUUUGCAAACCGGGACACUACUUCCGGUUUUGCUGAAUUCGUAUACCAAAUAAUUCAUAAACAGGGCUGCUCUUCAACCGAGGUACCACUGUAUUGUUUUGGUGUGUUCAUGGUCAAUCAUGGUACAGUCACUGAAAGUACCAGAGUUUCCUCCUCCCUCAGACUCUUAUACUGUACCUGAGUCUUUUGGAUUUUUAAAGUAUUUUCCAGGAAGGACAUUAUUCUAUUCCAGUUAGAAUUCAACUGACAUUAUAUAUCUCAAUCUCUAUAUGUAUUCUAUGAGACUCUGGGGAUAAUAUGGGGUUGGUCCAGUUUUAAUUCACCUUUGGAUUUUCCUACUAGUAAUGUGCACCUCAGCAUUUACCACAAAAACACUUUAGGCCGUUUCUGUGGGUAUUGUGUGCAUGUUAAGGCUUACCUUCCAGGCAGAGGUUCACAUGUUAAUGCACUGUGUUGUUACGGAAAUUACGGGGGGGGGGGCACAUCUUUAAAGUUAAAUAUUACAAAUAUUAUGCCUGAAUAUAUCCUUCCAACUUGACAGCUCAGGGAAGUCACCUAACUUUAAAAAUAAUAUAAAAUCAUCUCCUUUCCCAGUUCCCCCCAUUCCAAAGCUAUUUUCCCCUUGAAAAAGGACUCCAGGAAGUUCUCAGAGGUGAAAAUUGCUGGGCUCAUUGUUGGCCAAAGGAAGCCAAAUCUCAUCACCUGACUCGCCUCAGGCUCCAGACAUGCAAAGGAACUUCUAUUGUACUUUUGGGUGGUGGGAACUUAAGACAUAUUUGUCUAUGCUAAUCUUAUACCUGAGUCUUGCUCUCCCAUGUCUGCUUAUGCUAAUCUUGUACCAAGGACUUGUCUGGACAUGUUUGCCAAGGUUAACCCCUCCCCUUCGAACUGUAUUUUGGGAUGUGGUGGGAAAGUUUUAAAAGUCUUUGUCACCCCAUCCUCGGGGUUCAAAAUUUGCUCUUUGAACCUAUUGCGCAAUAAACUUUGGUCUACAGCUAUUUGCUCCGGUUGGCUGGACUCCUUCCUUUAUUCCGCAGGGACCCGCGGGCUCUGCCCGACGAGCUGGGUGACUGAGCAGCCUCACACCCAGAUUUUUCCUUAACAGCGUCCUAGCAUCCCUUUUCUUGCUCUGGAGCUUUAAAACCCGCUCUUUAAAGGUUAAAUGUCAGUUCAGGUUUUCCAUGGAUUGACAUUUGCCCCAACUGAACUUUAAAGAGCGAAAAGAGAGAGUCCGCUCAGACACAGAACUUUAAAUUGCAUCCACGCUCAGAAAGCGCAGAGGAAAGGUAAGUGUGGACAAACCUUCAACUGGAGCAAACAUCAAUGUGCGGAAAACCUGAAUUGACAUUUACUCCGAUUCAGCUUUAAAGAGCGAGUUUUUGUGGGGGAAACUGGGGUGGGGGGUAGGAAAUGCUUGGACACGGAGCGUUAAAGUGCAGGCUUCUGCCCGGACAGAGCAGGGCAAAAGGUCAGUGUGGAUAAGUCCUCUGCUUCACCUUGCAGGCUGCACCGUCAAUCCAUGCCCCCAUGGCAGUACUUGCAAGAAGAUUGUCUUCACUAACGAAACAGUCUGUGACUGCAAAACACCCUGGGCAGGAAAACACUGCAAUGUUGGUGAGUUGUAUUCAACUUUCACUCAGUUUGGAUCUUUGACUUAUUUCCUUCCACAGAAUUUAGGCCUCAUUCACCGAGGCUUAUGCUAUAUCCAGGACCCUUCUAUGAGGUAUUCAUAAAUUUUGUUUUGGAAUUUGAUAAACAGCUCCCUGCUCCUUAAUGCUUGAUUCCCAGAGUUGAAUGGACUAGAUUUAAAAUUAUUGGAACUCUGGACUCUUGCUGCCCUUUCUUGUGGCACAGCUUGUCUGUCAAUAUGGACAUUUUAUUUACUCAUGUUUAUUUUUAGGCUGCUUUACAGGAGCCUUUAUCUGCUCUGACUUCUCAACAAUAUAGUAUUUAAAACCUACCAAGCAGGGCCACUGAUGCCAAUCUUAAGGCAUAGUCAAGUCCAUAUAGAAGUAAUCAGCCCUUUAACUAACCUGACUCUAAACCAUUUAGGGUUUUAGAAGCCAAAACCAGGACUUUGAAUUGGGCCCAGGAGCAUCCUGACAACCUGUGCAACUGGUAUAGAGUUUAUGUCAUAUGCUUUGACUAACCUGGCAAGCACCUUGAGCAGCUGGAUUCUGUACCAGUUAAAGUUCCCAAGUUGUGUUCAAAGGCAGCCCUAUGUAGUCUGUCCCAAUGCAUGCAUGCCUACGGCAAGGUCUACCUUUUCUAGUGUUAGGAGAGCUUGCAGCUCAAGUGAAUGAGAUUGAAAUUAUCACUUAUGUUUUUGGAGUUCAAAGGCUUUAUUCAUGCAGGAACAGAUUUAUCUUGAAAGGAACUACUUACAAAAUCAGAGUUGAAAGAGAGAGAGAUAGCAGACUUUUUGUCUCAAGCUGGGAGAGAAAAAACAAAAUGGUUAAGCUUUUUUUUUUUAUAAGAUAUUUAUUAAGAUUUUUUAAAAUAUUACAAUAAAAAUGAAAAAAAAUGACAAAAAUACAAAAUAAAAAUAGUUAAAAACACACAGAUUUUCCAUUACUUAUUUUCCUUUGACUUAUUUCCCGGACCUCCUCAUACCUCCCUUUUUGUAUUCCACUUCAAUCUAUUGGUUCAGCAAAUCCUUUAACAGUAAUAAUAUUAAAUUUUACCUAUUUAUAACCCAUUUUUUCAUAUUCUCUUAAAGCAUUACAGCUGGAAACCACUUAAUUACUAUCCAACAUCAUUCUAACAGUCAUUACUUUUACAAUAUUUCUGUAGAUAAUCUUUGAAUUUCUUCCAAUCUUCUUUCACCGACUCUUCUCCCUGGUCUCGGAUUCUGCCAGUCAUUUCUGCCAGUUCCAUAUAGUCCAUCACCUUCAUCUGCCAUUCUUCCAGAGUGGGUAGAUCUUGUGUCUUCCAAUACUUUGCAAUGAGUAUUCUUGCUGCUGUUGUGGCAUACAGAAAAAAAGUUCUGUCCUUCUUUGGCAUCAAUUGGCCGACUAUGCCUAGGAGAAAGGCCUCUGGUUUCUUCAAGAAGGUAUGUUUAAAUACCUUUUUCAGUUCAUUAUAUAUCAUUUCCCAGAAGGCCUUAAUCCUUGGGCACGUCCACCAAAGGUGAAAGAAUGUACCUUCAGUUUCUUUACAUUUCCAGCAUUUAUUGUCGGGCAAAUGAUAGAUUUUUGCAAGCUUGACUGGGGUCAUGUACCACCUGUAUAUCAUUUUCAUAAUAUUCUCUCUUAGGACAUUACAUGCCGUAAACUUCAUACCUGUGGUCCAUAACUGUUCCCAGUCAGCAAACAUAAUAUUAUGUCCAACAUCUUUUUUUUUUUUUUAAAUAAUUUUUAUUAAGGUUUUAGACAAUAAAAAAGAGGGGGGGAAAACAUACACAAUACAUAUAACAACAACACACACAAAAAGCAACACAAAAUUCAACCAUAAAGAAAACAAAAAAACCAUAACAAUUAAAAACAAUAUCUCUUUUCCAUUUCCAUUUUUAAAUUACUUACUUUCUGGACUUCCUCAUACCUCCCUCUUUUGUAUUCCAAUCCAAAUUAUUUGUCCAGCAGUUUCUUUUCCACUUUUUUAAUCCCAAACUUUAAUUUAAUAAAAUAUUAAAAUAUAUGACUUCAAUUUCUUUAAACCUAAUCCUUGGUCUUAGUAUCAUAUAACAUUAAAAUUUUCCCUCUUAAUAUCAAAUUUCCAUUUCUUUAAACAUCUUUAAUCUUAAUCUUUAAUCUUAGUCUAUCAUUAACUUUAACCUGUACAGCUGGAAACCACUUAUUUUCAAUCCAACAUCACUCUAACAUUCUUUAAUUUUGCAGUGUUUCUGAAGAUAGUCUUUGAAUUUCUUCCAAUCUUCCUCCAUCGACUCUUCUCCCUGGUCACGGAUUCUGCCAGUCAUUUCCGCCAAUUCCAUAUAGUCCAUAAGUUUCAUCUGCCAUUCCUCCAGCGUGGGAAGUUCUUGUGUCUUCCAAUACUUUGCGAUGAGUAUUCUUGCUGCUGUUGUUGCAUACAUAAAGAAAGUUCUAUCCUUUUUUAUCACCAUUUGGCCGACCAUGCCCAGGAGAAAGGCCUCUGGUUUCUUAGGAAAGGUAUACUUAAAUACCUUUUUAGUUCAUUAUAUAUCAUUUCCCAGAAAGCCUUAAUCUUUGGGCACGUCCACCAAAGGUGGAAAAAUGUACCUUCAGUUUCUUUACAUUUCCAACAUUUGUUAUCGGGCAAAUGAUAGAUUUUCGCAAGCUUGACUGGGGUUAUGUACCACCUGUAUAUCAUUUUCAUAAUAUUCUCUCUUAAGGCAUUACAUGCCGUAAAUUUCAUACCUGUGGUCCAUAACUGUUCCCAGUCAGCAAACAUAAUAUUAUGUCCAACGUCCUGUGCCCAUUUAAUCAUAGCCGAUUUUACCGUUUCAUCCUGAGUAUUCCAUUUCAGCAGCAAGUUAUACAUUCUUGACAAAUUCUUAGUUUUGGGUUCUAACAAUUCUGUUUCCAAUUUGGAUCUUUCCACCUGGAAGCCAAUUUUCCUGUCCAAUUUAAAUGCCUCCAUUAUCUGAUAAUAAUGAAGCCAGUCUCGCACUUUGUCUUUUAGUUAUUAUGUCCAACAUCUUGUGCCCAUUUAAUCAUAGCAGAUUUCACCGUUUCAUCCUGAGUAUUCCAUUUCAACAGCAAGUUAUACAUUCUUGACAAAUUCUUAGUUUUGGGUUCUAACAGUUCUGUUUCUAAUUUUGAUUUUUCCACCUGGAAGCCAAUUUUCUUGUCCAAAUUAUAUGCCUCCAUUAUCUGAUAAUAAUGAAACCAGUCUCGCACUUUAUUUUUUAGUUUCUCAAAACUCUGCAGUUUCAGUCUAUCUCCAUCUUGUUCCAAAUUUCCCAAUAUUUCGGCCAAUUGGCCUCCAUAUUGAGCCUUUUCAGAGCUUUCGCUUCCAUCGGUGACAGCCACCUUGGGGUUUUGUUUUCCAACAAAUCCUUGUAUCUUAUCCAAACAUUAAACAGUGCUUUCCUGACAAUAUGGUUUUUAAAUGCUUUAUGCGCUUUGACCUUGUCAUACCACAGAUAUGCAUGCCAUCCAAAUACAUUGUUAAAACCUUCUAAGUCCAAAAUGUCUGUGUUUUCAAGAAGUAGCCAUUCUUUCAACCAGCAAAAAGCUGCUGAUUCAUAGUAAAGUUUAAAGUCUGGCAGGGCAACUCCACCCCUUUCCUUUGCAUCAGUUAAUAUCUUAAAUUUUAUUCUGGGCUUCUUGCCCUGCCAGACAAAUCUAGAAAUAUCUCUCUGCCACUUCUUGAAACAGUCCAUCUUGUUCACAAUUUGCAAUGUUUGAAACAAAAACAGCAUUCUAGGCAAUACAUUCAUUUUUAUCACAGCAAUACAACCCAACAGUGAAAGCUUCAAAUUUGACCAGAUUUCUAAAUCUUUUUUCACUUCUGUCCAACAUUUUUCAUAAUUAUCUUUAAAUAAGUUCCCAUUUUUGGCUGUCAUGUUAAUCCCCAGGUGUUUCACUUUCUUAACCACAGUCAGGCCUGUCUCAUUCUGAAACCUCUCUCUUUCAAUCAGUGUUAAAUUUUUCUCUAAAACCUUAGUUUUUAACUUGUUCAGUUUAAAUCCUGCCAGUUGACCAAAUUCUUGAAUUAGUUCUAAAACCCUUUUAGUACUAGAUUCUGGCUCCUGUAACGUCAGUACUAAGUCAUCUGCAAAUGCUCUCAGUUUGUACUGUUUGGCUCCGACCUGUAUACCUUUAACCAACCGGUCCCUUCUGAUCAUAUUCAGCAGAACCUCCAGGACCGAUAUAAAAAGCAGUGGGGAGAUUGGGCCAAAAUGGUUAAGCUUUUAGGGGGCAGACUUAACUUGGACAGAUAGGCUACAAGGAAAGGCUGGCUAGAUUACUAGACAAACACUCUAGCGGAUGGCAGGAGGUGGGGUGGGGACAGGGUGUGGGGUGGCGUGGGUAGCAGCCAUGCCUUCCCCACUCCUCAUAGGGUUGACUUCCAGAACUAUCCCAUAUGUCCAACCUAGUCAGAUGGUCUAGAAACUGGAUUAGGUUGGAUUCAAAUCACCCCUCUUUGCCACCAAGCCAACAACUUCAUGCUUUUUCUACAGUCUGGUGGACAAAAUAGCAACUGAUUAGGCUGGGCAAGGAGUCUAGCUAGAUAACCAGAUAUUUGCUUCUUACAAUGACCACUUUACUCUUCAUUCACUGUGUUGGGCCAUCACAUUUAACUUGCUUUUUCAGCACCUUCGCUGACACAGUUGCUCUCCCUUUGGCUAUCAUCUAAACCCCUGCUGUAAAGAGGGCCAAAAAAACAGAGGAAAACCCACUACCACCACGGCCCAAGCUGCCCUGAAGUCCUUGUAGUUUCAUUGUCAUAUUCCCUGUUCAUCCACAAAAGACAAAAGAUCAUUAAAAAAAAUUAAAUAUUGUGCAGAUGAUGUGAAACUUUACAGAUAAGAAACUGCAGCUCUUAUUGUUUACCACUAGGUGGCAAAAUCCAGCAGAAUUUAAUGCUUUAAAAGGGAGAAAAGUAGUAAGACAGCUGCAAGAACAGAGAUACAUUUUUAGGCAAACAUGGUGAAAUAAAACUGCUGAAUUCUCAGAGUUUGCUAAAUACUCAACAAAGCAACAGAACUACACCAUGCUUGCCAUUCAUAGUUCUUCAGACAUAUUGCCAAAGAAGAGAGUAGGUCAUAGGUUUCAGCUGGGGCUGAUAACAUCGGCAUCACCUUUCCUUGGGCAGUCAGGUGUGCUUAUAGUGAGAACAGGAUCCAUUCUAUCCAAGCUGUGUACUGUACACAAGUGGCCCUGCCCUGGGAAAUGUAGCUUCACCAAGGGCUGCUGCAAUGUGAAGGCAAUGAUGUUCUCUCCCAGUGGCCUACAGCCAGGUCCACCAUCAACAGUGGUUGGCCCAGAAAAUAGAGUUGAAAGGAGAAGAUGGCUGGAGAAAUCAGGGUGUGGUGAAGAGGGGGUGGGUGGAACUAGGGUCACAUUGAGAUGGGGGGGUAGGACAAAUUUGGAUCACCUCAAUAUUCUGAAAUGUUUCCCAGUUUUUCUGGAAGCAGCUUGGGUCAUUUCCAACACAAGCUUGCCUUAUCACUCAGUGGUGCAGCAUGGGAGGUCAGAGGAGCUGUUGCCCUGGGCACAAAGUGGGGGGGGGGAUUCCAAAAGAAAAACAAACCACUCUGAGGGUUUGGUUUUUUUAAAAAAACCAAUCAAGUGAUGUAAAAAUGUUAAAAUAUAACAACAACAACAACAACAACAACAAUAAUAAUGGCUGCAGCCACUGUCUCCUCCCCUCCUCCUCCUUUCCAGUGUGGUGUAGUGGUUAAGAGCGGUAGUCUCGUAAUCUGGUGAACCGGGUUCGCGUCUCCGCUCCUCCACUUGCAGCUGCUGGGUGACCUUGGGCCAGUCACACUUCUUUGAAGUCUCUCAGCCCCACUCACCUCACAGAGUGUUUGUUGUGGGGGAGGAAAGGAAAGGAGAAGGUUAGCUGCUUUGAGACUCCUUCGGGUAGUGAUAAAGCGGGAUAUCAAAUCCAAACUCCUCCUCCUCCUCCUCCUCCUCCUCCUCUUCUUCUUCUUCUUCUUUCCUUGCUGGGAAGAUACUUCUCCACCACCACCACUGCCUCCAUCCAGCCCUGACAGGAACCACAGGUUAGAGGGCGCAAUAAUUGCCUUUCCUUGGGUACUGGCAAACCGCGCUAUGCCACUGUUAUCACUAACAGAAUAAUGUGUAGACCAACUGCCCAUAUGGACCAAGAGAGAACCAGUGGCUGGAGUGUUGGGCUAGGAAGUGGGAGACCAAGGUUAAAAUAGCCCUAAAGCGCACUGCCGACCUUGAGCCAGUCACUACCUCCCAGCCUGACUUACCUUACAGGACUGUUGUCAUGACAAAAUGCAGAGAGAGAGCUCACUGCACGCCACCUGGAGCUCCUUGGAAGAAUGGCAGGAUAUAAAAGUAGUACACAAACACGUGUGUGUGUAAAUAAUAAGUGGAUAGGUAAAAGGUAAAUAGGCAAUGCUUUUUUUCUUAAAAAAAUGUUUAGGGGUACUCUCAUUUUCCUACUCAUAUUGAAAUACUGCCCCUCAAUGAGUUCAAACAUAGAUUCACAAAAUGUUUAGGGGUAUGCGUACCCCUGCGUCCUCCCAGAAAAAAAGCACUGUAAAUAGGUAAAGGACCCCUAGAUAUAGUCAAUGGCGACUAUGGGGUGUGGCACACAUCUUGUUUUUCAGGCCAAGGAAGCCAGCAUUUUUCCACAGACAUGUGGCUGUGGAAAGGGUCAUGUGGCCAGCAUGACUAAACUGCUUCUGGCGCAACGGAACACCGUGACAGAAACCAGAGCGCACAGAAACACGGUUUACCUUCUCGCCACAGCGGUACCUAUUUAUCUACUUGCACUGGUGUGCUUUCGAACUGCUAGGUUGGCAGAAGCUGGGACUGAGCAACGGGAGCUCACCCCAUUGUGGGGAUUGGAAUUGCCGACCUCCCGAUCGGCAAGCCCAAGAGGCUCAGUGGUUUAGACCACAGCGCCACCCUCUCCCUCACAGAAAUAAGUGGAUAAUGUUAUGCUAGCAGAUGUUUACUUAAGACUUCUGUAUGUUUAUCCAGGUCCUAGCCAACGUUGCUAUUCUGGUAAUGGGACAGACUACAGGGGCAUUGAGAAAAAGACAAUUUCUGGAGAUAAUUGUCUGCCAUGGAAUUCAGAUCUCCUUUACCAAGAGCUUCAUGCUGACAUAGUUGAAAACCCCGUGCAACUGGGACUGGGACCACAUUCAUACUGCCGGUAAGAAAAUUAGCUGGUAGAUAGAGGAAAAUACAAGUAAAAAUAGAGACAUUUGUGGGUUACACCCUGGUUCUCACCCCAGUGACUCUCUGAUUGCACACAUAUAUGCACAUGCACACAUGUUCUUCUCUACUUUGAUAGAUGUGCGGUAUUGUGUGUUAGCAAAGCCACUGGAAUGAUGCAGACAGAAACCAGAGAGAAAAUUGGGUUUAGAACUGAAGGUAUAUGAAGAAAACCCAAACUUGCAUAAGAGGAAAAAAUGGUGGGGUUAGUGACAAAAGCAAUGUUCACCAAACAUUAAGGGGCAAAUGUUUUUCCUUCCCCACUGCGUUAGAAACCCAGAUGAAGACAAGGAGCCAUGGUGCUACACAGUCAAAGAAAACUCAGUAUCUUGGGAAUACUGCAAUGUUACUUUAUGUCGUAAGUAACAUUUCGCAUCCAUGGGGCUUUUUGAAGUUAGCAUAAGCAAAGGAAGAAGUGAAAUUAGUAAAUGUAAGGGAGGAACAAGUCUCUUUCCCCUUCCAUAUACAGGUCACGUGCCAUUUCUUAUGUUUAAGGUCAGAAUGUUCUGGAGCAGAUAACAGCCGGUACAACAGCUCCCUAGAUAGUCCUGUCUGUCUCCCCCAGCCCAGCCCAGUAUAUGCCUCCCCUUCCUCUCCAGACCAAGUUCUGCUGCUGUGCUGUAAAGAUGAAUCCUUAAAGACUUCUGUGCUCACCGUGUCAGUUCUCAUGCAAGGCUGACUUGGGGCAUUCAGCCUGCCCAAGUUCUGCUCCAGGGGAAGGACUGAGAGACGAAGAGAUGGAUUUGUAUGAGGUUGUGUGCGCAUGAUAUGGCUCUGAAGGACUGGGGUGCAUCUGGCUGAUAAGUGCUUGAGUUUGAGACCCUACUCACUAGUAUGAAUAAAAUGGCCCAAUCCAACCCAAGUCCAGCAACAAAGGAACAUAGCACUACAGGGAAGGGAAGCACAAUGCUAACAUCAAAGGCUGAACUAGGAAUGACAUAAGCAGGGUGAUUCUACCCCUCCUAUGCAGUUUCGGACUCUGAUGUUAGUGGGAUGGCAGCAGGUUGAGCAGCAAGCAGGAAACGCCCAGAAUGAGAAGAUGCAGCCUAAACUAAGCUGCUCCACUUCUGCUACGCCACUCUGAAGACGCCAUAAUCAGAAAAGAGCCCUUUGCCCUGUAAUCAUAUUCCGUAGCUAUUUAAAGUAAAUAGUAAAGAUUCAGUAGUAAAAAUGGGUAAAAGAUUAAAUAUGUCUGUUCUUCACUCAGCGACCAGAAGAAGGCGGCCGCCACCCCCACCCCCACCCCCGGAAACUUUUGAUGACUUUGCCGUGGUCCAGAGUUUAUGUGGGAGAAGACAUAAGAAGCGAAACUUCUUAAGACCCAGAAUUAUAGGAGGAUCUUCUUCCUUGCCAGGAUCACAUCCCUGGCUGGCCAGCAUAUAUAUUGGGAGAAAUUUCUGUGCUGGAAGCCUUCUUCGUUCUUGUUGGGUGGUGACAGCUGCACAUUGUUUUGCUGAUAGGUAGAGCCUAUGCUUUGAUUUCAUCUGAAAUUCACUGCACGUGCCUCAAACUGCUUUUAAAUCAAACAAAAUGUUUCAUGUGAGACCCCUGAGCGAAGAUGGAAUGAAGUUUGAGGCAAGAAUCCCUAAUGCUCAGAACCUCUAGAAGCAAGCAGGCCCUGGGCCCUGGGAAGCAAUAAGACAAAGAUAAGGCUUCUUAGCAUGUGCUCUAGCCUGCAGGUAUCACAAAGACUGUAAAGGAAUUGUGUUUUAUAUAAUGGGACUCUCAGAACUUUUUAUAUUUUGAAACAGUAUUUAGCAGUUUGGAACAGCAAGCAUAAAUAAAAAGCAAUUCCCAGAAGGUGCAGCUGAUGUUGUAUUAAAGAAGCAAUGCCAGGAAUAUAGUGAAACCCAACUCCCAUCUAUCAGAGCGGGGGGAACUGAAACUGGCUGGCAGCUGGAUCCUUAUUUUCCCCACCCUCUGUGGCAAGGUUUGACCACAAGUAUGGUGUGCAUCACUUUGGAGUCCCAACAAACUGCUGAUUGCCAGGACUUUAAAGCUCCUUUCACAGCUCUCUGCUGAUCAUCAGGGGACCAGCUGAUUGCCAGUACUUGCAGAGAUGUGUGUGCAUUGCUUUGAAACUCUGAUGCUUCAAAGUGCCACACGCAACUCUCUGUAAGCACCAAUGAUCUCCUGAACAAUGGGGUUUCCAAACAGCAAUGUUGGGCACUAUGCACAGGGCUUUACGGAUGCAACCCCACUUUUGACCCAGUCAUGUCUUUAUCUGCUGCAUACCUGACAUUACAUAUUCUACAGUUUAAAUCUAGAAUCAUAGAAUUGUAAAGUUGGAAGGGAGCCCAAAGGUCAUGUAGUCCAACACCCUACAAUGCAGGAACCUCCGCUAAAGCAUUCAUGGCAGAUGGUCAUCCAACCUCUGCUUAAAGGAGAGUCCACCACCAUCUGACGAAGUCUGUUCCACUGUCGAACAGCUCUUACCAUCAGAAAGUUUUUUCUGAUGUUUAAUCGGCAUCUCCUUUCUUGUAACGUGAAGCCAUUGGCUUGGAUCUUACCAUUUGGAGCAGAAGAAAACAAGCUUGCUCCAUCUUUCAUGUGACAGCCCUUGAGACAUUUGAAGAUGGCUCAGAUAUCUCCUCUUAGUCUCAUCUUUCCCAGACUAAACGUACCCAACUCAACCACUCCUCAUAAGCCUUGGUUUCCAGACCCUUUAUCUUCAUGGUCACCCUACUCUGCAUACAAUCCUGCUUGUCAAUAUCCUUCUUAAAUUGUGGUGCCUAGAACUGGACACAGUACUCCAGGUGUGGUCUGACCAAGGCAGAAUAGAGCUGGACUAUUACUUCCGUGGAUUCUAUACUUCUGUUGAUGCAGCCUAGUAUAGAAUUAGCUUUUUUGCUGCUGCAUCACAUUGUUGACUCAUGUUAAGCUUGCAGCCUGCUAAGAUCCCUAGACACUUUUCACAUGUACUACUGGCAAGCCAGGUGUCCCCCACCUUAUAUUUGUGCAGCUGGUUUUUCAUGCCUCGUUCUCCAAUCUGUCAAGGUCAUAUUGAAUCCCCAUUGUGUCUUCUGCAGCAUUAGCUGUCUCUCCCAGUUUGGUGUCAUAGAAUUGUAGAGUUGGAAGGGACCCUGAGGAUCAUCAGCAAACUGGAUGAGCACCACCUCAAGUCCUUCACCCAAGUCUUUACGAAGACGCUGAACAACAAUGGGCCCAGGACAAAACCCUGCAGCACCCCCACUUGUCACUUUUCCUCAAUAUGUUGAGGAAACAUUUGUAAACACUCUUUGGGUUUGGCCAGUCAACCAGCUACAAAUCUAUCUAACAAUUGCCUCAUCCGGCCCACAUUUCACCAGCUUCUCCACCAGAAUAUUAUGGGGGACUUGAAAUCAAAAAAUGCUAUGUCUACACCAUUGCCCUGAUCCACCAAUCCUGCAACUCUAUCAAAAAAAGAAAUGAGAUUGUUUCUUAGUAAUCACAGCAUCCUUUUCUAAGUGCCCUCAGACUGACCAUUUAUCCAGGACCUUUUCUGGUAUCAGUGUCAAGCUUUUUUAAAAAAAAAAUAUAUAUAUAUAUAUUUAUUGCUUUUAAACCUUACAAAAGGAAGAAAAGAAAAGAAGAAGAAAAGCAAAAGAGAAAACAAUACAAUACAAUAUAUAAACAAUACAGAACACAACAUUAACAUUAACACAUUAAACAAAACAAAAGCAAAAACAAUUCAAAAAACACACAUCAUACCAUCUCAAUAUCCUCUCUUUCAUUCCCUUGUUUCAUCGACCUCCUCUCACCUCCCUUUUUGUAUUCCAUUUCUAUUAAUUGUUUCAGCAAAUCCUUUCCAUCUUUCUCUAUUUUCUGUCAUGUAAUUAUCUUAACAUAUUUUAACCUUAUUUUCCAUUAAUACUAUAAUACUUAUUUAUGCUUAAUUCCUUAAAACAUUUCUACUAAAGCCGUAUAAUUCCCUUCCAACAUUUUUCUAACACUCAUUAAUUUUACAUUAUUUCCAUAUAUAGAUUUUAAUCUUUUUCCAAUAUUCUUCCACCGUCUCUUCUCCCUGGUCUCGGGUUCUGCCAGUCAUUUCCAUCAAUUCCAUAUAGCCCAUCAACCUGGUGAUCUUCUGUCCGAGGCUCUUAACUCUUUUCCAGGUCCCUUCUGCACUCCUGAUCUUGUUCUUAUUUUCCUUCCUUUGAUGCUGAAAAGUAGAUCUCUGGGAAAUUCCCAUCUAGCAAUGUUUUUAUUCCUUCUCGACAAGUCUUUUCUGGUAUCAGUGUCAAGCUGACUAGUUGGUAUUUAUUCACCUUUGCCUGCUGCCACUCGGCAGGAACCUAAUCUGUUCUCCAAUAUUUCUUAAAGAUUAUAGACAGAAAUUCUUAGAUUACAUCUGCAAGCUCCUUUAGUACCCCUGAGUGUAGUGCACCAUGCCCUGGAGAGUUCUACAUUUCAAGUAGUUAGGUGUUCUUUUCCUAUCUGGGCUGCAUCUCCCUCCUUGCAACAUGUAUUCUGUUGAGCACUGCUUUCUUUUGGGUUAAGACAGAGGCAAAGAAGGUGCUGAGCAGUUCCACAUUCUCUUUGUCAUCCUAUAGCAUGUCUCUGUCUUCUCCAUGCAGAGGAAGUACUACUUGCUUGUUCUUCCUGUUGAUUCAGACAUAGCCAAAGCACCUUUCUUGCAACGGUUGGCUUCCACGGUGAGGUGCAACCCAUCUCUUGCCAGAAGUCCUUCCUCAAGGAAGCGGAGACCAUGGUCCAAGAAGCGAAAUCCUUAUUGACAACACCAACUGCACAGUCAGUGGUUUACUUCUAGGAUUUUCCUCUCUCUUCCUGGGUCACAUCCUUCAACAGGAAGCGGUGGUGAAAAAGGCACCUUUGCCCCAAGGCCCUUCAGCUUCCUGCCCAGAGUCUUACUAUAAGUUAAAGACUGUGGCUGGCAAUCUCAUUUGCAUCCACAUGAAUCAGAAGGAAUCAGUGUGGCACAUCCUCACUAGUUCAGCAGCCCAAUGGCAGAACUAAAUCCACAGGAUGGAAGCAAAGGUUAUGUCAAACCAAGGUCACUUCCAGGUAACCCAUUUACUGAGCAUUCCUCCCAGUUUGUUUGUGGAGAGGUGAUACAACAUUGUCUUAAGCAGUUGCUAUUCUGAAUUUCCCCCUUCAUUUUCCUUACAACAAAAUGUUUUUUGGAAGCAAGUUUCUUGUGUUACCAAAUGUUACUCUUCAUUUGGCGAGAAUGGCUGUCGUGCCCAUAUCUGCUAUUCCUUCUGCUGCUGCUGGGCUACUGCCUAAGUUUCAGUUGGCUUAUAGCAUCACGACUGCAACUCACAACGUUGCAUUGGCACCCUGACACCCCAAUCAAAAUGUUAUUUGCUGGGUCAGCCAAUUUAAAUAUUAUAAUACAAUAAUAUUCUGUUCCUUACCUAUAGGAAGGAAGGACGUGUAUUUGUUAAGGUCAUAACAAAAUCAUUCAAAUAUACAGAUAAAUAAGAAUAAAAUAUUUAAAAUGCAUCAUGUAGCUUAAUACCCUCAUUCUCUUCAUCAUUUUCUUUCCUCUUUUCUUCAGUCCGCUGAAGUCAACAAUUCGAAUUGUUUUGGGACAACAUUUUUUUAAUAUGACAACAGCUGUUACUCAAGAAUUUGAUGUGGAGAAGUACUUCAUGCACCCUGACUUCACAGUAUACAACCCAACUGAAAAUGAUAUAGGUGAGCCUUUUUCUUCUUUCUGGUUUAGUUUUAAGUGUGUGGACUGAGGUGCAGCCAAGUGGGCAGUGAUAUUGCCAUCCCUUCCACCCAUCAGACACCGGAAGUGUAGCUCUGGCUCCCUGUGCCUGGCCAGACUGAACUGCAGACGUCGUCCUCAAUAGGGCAAUCCACUCUAAAGUUUGGGAAGAUCAAAAUAGAUCUGCUCUCCUUGCUGCAGAAAGCUUUUGAUAAAAACCAGAACUUUAUGAUUCCACCCAUUCCUAGUGGCAAAGUGCUUUUUUGAACAAAGGUGAGAGGCCAAAAAAAAGUAGUACCUGAAAUCUCAGCUCUUCACUUGCAGGGCUGGGUCAUCCAUGUGUGGUCAUUGCUUGAUGAUUUCAAAAUCAAGUGAACCAGUCCACAGUCACUUUCUGUGAUUUUUUAAAAAAAGUUAUUUUCUCUUGCAGUUUUGGUUAAGUUGAAGAAGGUGAAUCAACGCUGUGCAGUGAAGUCCCAGUUUGUUCGACCAAUCUGCCUGCCGGAAAAGGGAAUGCCCUUUCCAGAUAACCAGAAAUGCCAAAUUGCAGGAUGGGGACACUUACAUGAAAGUAAGUUAGAAUAUUGCUUUUAUGUGUGCUACUGAUACUGACCAGAGACAUAACCAGAUGUUCUAAGUAGGCAAGACUUAGAACUAUGAUCACUUUAGUCUUCAUGCAGAUGAUUUGUCAAUUGAAUCACUUCUUUGGCCAAUCCAAGAACACAUAUUAAUUAUUUUAUUGACAGCAUGAUUUAGCUGUUUUGCUGAAAUGUCCUUUGACUUUUGCCGCAGAAUUCUAGCACAGUGCAGCAUAAAGUAUGGCACGUGCUUGCUAGACAUUGCAUCCAGUUUUAAAAUGUAGUUUCUCUUUUGUAAUAGCCACUAAAUCCUCAGAGGCUGAAAUGCGCAGGGACUUUUCUUUCCUACACCUGGUCCUGCACAGCGGCCCUUUGCCUUUCUGCCUACUACAUGAUCCAGGGGAUAUGGAGAGAAAAGAGAAUUGGAGCCCUCGGAAUAACUAUAGGAAAGAAAUAAGUGCUGGAGAGGAAAAUUAGGGGCCAGAAAGAAAUGGUUAUGUGAUCAAAGGCAAUGCCAGUCAACCAUGACUGUGAAUGGGAUUAUACAGGAAUAAUAAUAAUAAUAAUAAUAAUAAUAAUAAUUUAUAUGCCACCCUUCUGACUGUCACUUCAGGAGUACAGUACAGUGGUACCUCGGGUUAUAGAUGCUUCGGGUUACAGACACUUCAGGUUACAGACUCCGCUAACCCAGAAAUAGUACCUCGGGUUAAGAACUUUGCUUCAGGAUGAGAACAGAAAUCGCUCGGUGGCGGCGCCGUGGCAGCGGGAGGCCCCAUUAGCUAAAGUGGUGUCUCAGGUUAAGAAUAGUUUCAGGUUAAGAACGGACCUCCGGAACAAAUUAAGUUCUUAACCCGAGGUACCACUGUAGUAGGCUAGGAAGGGUAUCCUACAAUAGUAGGGUUCCUUUCCGAUUCUCUGAGUUGGCUCAGUGAAAUGCUCAGAAGUAAAUGGAAUAUUUGUCAAGUUAAAUGCUUAAGCACACUGCUGAAGCCCCGUCUUGCAUAAGGCUUGGCCUGCCGGCCCCACCUGUGAGGAGCAAGAGUUAGAACUUGGCCACAGCUGUUUCCAGGUGAAGCCUAUUUGGCAGGUUUUUUGGGCAGUGGGUGACUGAGCAGGCCAGCCCUGGUGGGAUGGCAAUGAUAGGGACAGCCCCCCUCCGAGGAUUUCUCCUUUGGGGUGUGAUGAGGGUGAGGGCACUCCCCCGGGUGACUGCUUGUGGGUGGGCUUGCUCCUAGGUGCGAAACUGAAGCAGCUGGACUAGGAUGGGCAAUGGGGAUGCGAGUUAACCUGGCUUCCAAGUGAGAAUAGUAUUUAUUUGUCUGGUUGGUUGGUUGGUUUGCACUGAUAUCCUGCCUUUUUCUCCAAGUUGCUGAAGGUGGUGCACAUGGUUCUCCCCCUCCUCAUUCAAUCCCACAAUGACCCUGGCAGGUAGAUGAGGCUGAGAGACGCUGGACUGGCCCAAGGUCACCCAGUGAGUUUCACGACUGAGUAGGAAUUUGAACCCUGGUCUCCCUGAUCUUAGUCUGGCAGUCUAACCACUACACCACCCUGGGGAAAAUGUGUCUGAGAAUGAAUCCAGCUCGCAAAUACAUAACUAGUGUGAUUGCAUUUUAUUUUGCUAUUUUAUAUUAUUUUAAUUUACUGCACUGAUUGUACUCUUAUUAUUGUUAUUUUUGCACAAAUAUUCCGUUCACCACAUUGGGGGCAUCUGAGCCAAAACGUAGCAUAUAAACCAUAACAUAAAUAUGUAAACUAUUCCGGGUUGUAGCCAACUAAAUUUUACUCAGAGGAGACCCUUUUAAAUGGAUCUGUUAGUCAUAUUCAUUCAUUUCGAUUGGUCUCCUCUGAGUAGUACUACUGUUGAGUCCAACCCUUGGGAGAGUGCUUGGCAAAGCACUUUAAACACUUCAUGUUAAUCUACUCUGCUCUAGUUAGAAUUAAUUGUUUUCUAUACAAUUUAUUUCCACAGAUUCAUCCAGCUACUCUAAAGUAUUGCAAGAAACAUCAGUUCCGAUCAUCCCCGAUUACAAAUGUCAGAACUAUGAUGUUUAUGGAGCUGACAUUAGUGAAAAUAUGUUCUGUGCUGGUUACCUUGAUGGUAAAUCAGACGCCUGCCAGGUAAUAUUAUUGAGUAUCUGCCUGAAUUAAAUUUGUACAAGAGAGUGAAUGUGAAUGUGAGAGUCCAAUGAAUCCCUCUUGGCAUUUGUGUUUUGCUCACACUUUGUUUUUGGAUUUUUUUGGGGGGGGCUGUGUAGGACAUCUUUCCUCCCCCUUCCUUAGGGAAUGCAAAAAAAUACUGGGUUUGGUGUAAGUUCUCUUCUUAAAGGGGUGGUGGAGCGGCCUAGUGGAGCAGCCACCUCUGCUUAAUGGGAGAUAAAUCUCUUUUGAAAUGUAGACUGUGGAGAUGAGAUUGAGAUCUCCAUUUCAAAAAUCUGAACUCACCACUCCUAACCAGGUACAUGCUCUUGCACUAACCCAGAAUGAUCGUGUGUGUGAUGUGUGUGUGUGUGUGUGUGUGUGUGUGUGUGUGUGUGGAAAUCAAAGUGGAAACAUUGGGGUUUUGGUAGAGGACCAAGGACAGCUAAGGUGUUUAGAUAUAGACUUGACUCCUCUGGAGACUGGAGAAUUCCACAUUUUAAGUGCUAUUAUGAGUCCUAUCAAUUCCACCAUUUACCGUAUUUUUCGCUCUAUAAGACGCACAAGACGCACCUAGUUUUGGGAGGAAGAGAACAAGAAAAAAAAUAUUCUGAAUCUCAGAAGCCAGAACAGCAAGAGGGAUUGCUGCACAGUGAAAGCAGCGAUCCCUCUUGCUGUUCUGGCUUCUGGGAUAGCUGCGCAGCCUGCAUUCGCUCCAUAAGACGCACACACAUUUCCUCUUACUUUUUAGGAGGGAAAAAGUGAGUCUUAUAGAGCAAAAAAUACGGUACUUUUUUUUAAAUGCAUGGGCAGGGCCAUCAAUGGGUGCAAAUCGUAAAAACGUCCAAUUCCCAGAGGAUAUUCCUUUUGUGAAGAAGGAACUGAAGUGAAAUAUGUCAGUUCUACAUGUAGGGCCGCACCUCAGGUUUGGAGCUGAAGAGCUGGAGGGAGGCGUUCUUUGCUGCCUGGGGCUUUGCCUCUCAUUCCACUUCAUUGCCUCCUGGAGUUUUUAGUUAGAGCUGAACAAUUUAUUGUCCUGCAGUUUUCUCAGGCUGACCCCACAACUGAAAGUAUUAAGGAUCCACUCCAGAUCUUGCAUAGAAGUUGGGGGUUUUGUAGUAUAAAAAAGGGAGGGUUUGUUAGUACAUUAUUCUUGACUACUAGCUGAAGGAUGCCAAUGUUGUGUGGCAAGAUGCCAACUGCCCCUGCCUCCAGCAACUAUUCCACCAUAAAUGGUGAGCACUGAAAGGCCCUGCCCAAAUAUUCGAGGAAAUACUCCAACCAUAUGAGCAUUAAUUAUUUGGCCCAAACUAUCUGGCAAUUGUUUUGAAAGGCCUCUCAGUGUCCUGCACUGUUGGCAAUUUAUGACACUGGUAAGGAAUAUGAGCAUGCUUGGUCCCCAUUUUCUUAUUUACAUUUUCCCAAUUUAUUACACAGCUUGUGUUCCAGGUAGAAUCUAGACACAUAUAAAAACCGCUUUGAAACUGCUUUUAAAAAAAAGAAAGAGCAUGUUUAAAAAUACAUUGAAUUUUCCAUAAGGCUCACCAUUGCCAUCUAGUGUCACAUUGUAUAUUGCGCUUAAAACACACUUAAAACGUUUUAUUUGCAGCUGUAUAGCUAGUCUCCUUUUGCAAAAUUAUUGAGCUUACAACAAGCAAAAUUAUUUCGUUAGACACAGAGAUUGUCAUUUGCAAAACCUAUGAUAAAUAAAAUGAGCCAAUCUUUCCAAAUAAUGGAAACCAUAGCGAAAUACUUUUGUCCUUAAAUUUAUCUUUGAAACAGGGAGAUUCUGGCGGCCCCCUGGCCUGUGAAAAGGAUGGCGUAUCUUACCUGUAUGGCAUUAUCAGCUGGGGUGAUGGAUGUGGCAAAGCGAGGAAGCCUGGUGUUUAUACAAGAGUGACCAAAUAUGUGGACUGGAUAAAUGAGAAGAUAAACCGGCUCCAAAAGAGCAGCCGUAGUUCCUUACCCAGAUGAAACAUUUCACAUUCUGCUGAAAUUAUGGAUUGCCACUGUCAUUGUUUAUAAUGCUAACUGCUGUCAUUAAAAGGCACCCUGUUUCACCUGUU